UGAUUUUGAAAUACAGUUUUGUCAGUGCAUUCGCCCACAGUACAUCGCAUCGGAAACUUGGAGUUGCCGGUGCCGGCUCAAAUUUUUUUAAGCCAGAGAACUCUACACGAUGGAAGUUAUAGCUCUUACAAACAACGUGAGGUUCGCUGGGGCAGAAGAAAUUGCUCGAGACGAAUGUUCUGAAGAAGUGGCGAUUGUAGAGACACUGUCAAAACGAUUGGAGGACGAACUGAGGUUGGCCAGGAAAGAAAACUUCCUAGAGGAAAUCCUUCUGCCGCACGGUCUUACAAUCGACAUAGCCAAGAGGGUAUUCCAAAUGGCAGAACUGGAGCCUUGCGGACUUAGGGGAUGUCUUCUUUACAUUGAAUUCGAAUUGAAAGAAGAAAAGAGGAAAAUAUCGAGUAUCAAAUGCGAUCCUUCCAUACCUUCAACAUUUGAACUCUACCUCACACUGAGGCAAGCCGCUAAUGGAUGGAAUUUAUUUUUGCCGCAAUUCUGGAAAAAAAUCGCAAGGGGAACAGUAAUGAUCAGUGCGGAAUAUGAUCUUCAAAAGAAGAAAUUGUACAGAACUCAAAAUGAUUUUUAAGCAUUUCCACAUGCCAUCAGAAUCUUAUGUUUGUUAGAUGCUUAGUGUUACUGAGACUUUUUUCAAAGGCUUACUAGCAAUAGUAGAUUUUUAGCAAUAAGUCCCCAGCUAAUUAUCUAAUAGAGAAUAAUGUUAUUUUAUAGUGGAUCCCUGAUUGAUCGCAACGAAAGAAUACCACAAUACUAACUGAAGAAAAUCGAUUCAAAAGCCUUCGGUUUUAUAGGUGUUCUUUUGAGUCCAAUCGACAUGGAAAAAAGAACCAAUUGGUUCACUCACAAAAGGUAGAUGUGAUAAAUUUAUAUUAAGUUUUUAUUCUCAAAGUAUUUUAUAUAUUUUUGUGAUAUUAGUUUUAGAAAUUAUUUAAAUCAACCAUAUUUCCAUUUCCGAUUUUAAUUCGUAAAAGCUUGUCAUACAACUUUUCUCCAGUUUAAUAAUCUAAAUUCGUGACAAAUUCGACCUGUGUUAUGAAUAUUCAACUUUUCACAUUCAUUAGCUGUCGACAUUUUUUGCAUUGUAGCAUUUCAUUUUAUCAUUUCAAUAACUAUCAGUAUUUUAAGUUAUGGUUAAGGUUAAUUAUUGUUAUUUUCCUGAUCUCAUAUCAUGAAGUUGUUGAAUAGUAACAACAUUCGUUUGUUUUAAACUUUUUAUAAAUUUUUGAUGUAAAUGAACUCAAACAAUUU